AUGAAUUCUCCGCUGGACGAUGGCCUCUAUGCAAAUUUUCGGAAAGCGUAUGGGGAGAAGAGAUCUGCCUUUAAAGAUCACGUCACUAGAGUGAAGGAAAUUCUCAACGAGGCCAUGAGAUCAGCAGCAUUACGAGCAAUUCCAAUUACAACAAGAAUGAAGGAGCUGGAAUCAUCCAUCGAUUCCCUUAGAAGGAAACAGGCUGAUCGCAUAGAUCUGGAAAACUUGAGAAGGCGCAUGAUUGAAGCGGGUGGCAAUUGGGAUGGGUACUGGAAGAGCCUUGAAAUGGAGCAAAUGAUUGAAAGUUAUGGGCCUUUCAAGGAUCUUGACAGCCUUCUAGACGCUCUCCCAGAUUUUGGUGGUGUGAGAGUCUGUGUUUACUUCCCCCAAGAUGUUGAAAAAGUUGUAUCUUGGCUUAGAGGCUGUGGAAAAGUGAAAAUCAAGAAGGUUACUCGCAAGACUCAGGGCAACACAACUAUGUCCAAUCUUAGGAGAUACGUUGAAAUAUUGGAGGAAGCGAAAACACUACAGACAACGAACCAAGGUAAUUCAAAAAGGGAAUAUCAAACCGAAGUCCAGGAUACGGGUUAUAGAGCAACCCACGUUAUUGUCGAACUACAAGAAGACGAAAUCCCCAGAUAUCAUAAAGGCGCCCAUUACAGUAUUGAGAUUCAGAUAGGUACUGUUGUGAUGCAUGCUUGGUCACAGAUUGAGCACGACAUUAUCUACAAGCCAACUACAAGCGAGCCAUCGGAUGAUCAAAGGGAUAUAUUAGAGGUAUUCAAUGGGAUUGUAAAAUCUGGGGAAGCAGCUUUGAAACAACUUGCAAAGGCCAAUGACCAUAAGGAGAGCGAGCGAGCACGAAACGAAAAUGCGCCGGCUCGUAGCCAGUUUGAACUUGGUGUUUGGAUGAAUGAUUACUGCAGGGCGAACUCCGUGGGGCAUAAAAGGGAAGGCGGAUCACCUGCUUGGCGCGAAUUGGAAAAAUUAUUACAUAUCUUUCGCUCCGGUGAUAAGAAUGAUAAAAACGAUGAUGAUACAUCUGGAGGACUGAAAAUACUUCUUGAAUACACCCACCAAAAGUUCUUUCAAUCAAACCCAGACUCUUUCGGUGAAGAUUUGCCCUUCUACUUGCUAAAAGCAAAAUACGAGCUGGAGCAAGGGCGCACUCAGCGAUUCUCUUCCGGCCGGGUACUUGAUCGGACACAGGUGCAAGCUGAAGAGGCCAGAUAUCUCGCUUUUAGGGUAGUACAUUCUAUCAACAUGGCCUCGUUCCUCGGCGUGGCGGAUGAUUUUAUGCUCGGAAACGAAGAAGCCAUGUUGAAAUCAACAGAACCAUCACCCCGUCCGUCUUUAGUCGACUUUCUCAAUGUAUUGCACCCACAGAAACCGCGACUGGAUAAAGAGUCGGAAUCCAAACUUAUCAAUUUUUGUCAGCGUUUUCUCGAUAUCAAAAAGCUUCACGAUGGCAUUGAGUAUAGGGCGAAGAAGUUACAUGUAGAAGUACCCCUUCUACUCACGGACAUAGGUAGAGUCGUUCAUCCCGAAGGAAAGUUCUUCCCUGCCGAAGACGGUAUGCUAUCUGAAACGGGUAUUUUAAGUGUUGUUCCAUAUUCACUUGCUACGAUAUUGGACGAUGCAGACUAUGCUUCUUGGAUUCCAUUAAUCUUCAGAUCCGCCGAGUCAGCUAGCGGUAAUGCCGAAAUCUCGAGCCAAACUUCAAUAAUAGACUGGCUCAAGACCGGCGAGGAACUAUUUCCGCGCGAUCUAGGAGGUAUAUCACAAGAGGACGAUCUUUAUCAAAACAAUGCCUCUGGGAGUAAUACUUCAAGCUUCCAAGAUGGGCUGAACCGCUACCAACUUCGUGGUAGUACGGAAGUAUCAUCAAAAGCCAUUACACGUACAGAUAUAGGAUCCCUUCGUGUAUCAAAUUUGUCCGCGGUUCAGAAACGCAAAAUGAAGCAAGGUUAUUUUAUACCUUCUAAAUCACGAUCAUCUUGGCGAUAUAUUCAUCAGGAGCCUCUAUCGUGGAAUGUAUACAAGAUCGACCUGGCUUCAUCUCUACCCGAACAGACAUUCGACAAGUACACACGCGUAAAUCUGUGGAUCGAUUUCGCCAAUUACCUAAAACCGUCAUAUAUGGCGGAUAUUGCACACAUGGGCAAAAAGGGCCCCGAGAAAUACCGUUUUUGGGUCGGAAACUGCGAGUUUACGUUUGAUGUUCUUGAUAGUUCAUUAAGUUGUAAAUUGCGCGAAGAUGGGACGAGCAAGUUUAUCCAGCGAACCACCAGCACUGAUGUCGAAGAAGGCGGCGUCGCGUUAGAAACGGUUGUCCAUUCUACGACGCAAACCGGGAAGAGAAAGGCACCAAAAGGACCUACAAGGCGGUCGAAACGAACAAAGACGAAGACGGAUAGGUGA